GAGAUACGUAAGCGCAUUGUUUAAAACCACCACUGAGAUCUAUAUCGACGGAGGGGGAAAUACAACCUCACUCUCCAGUUGGCGUAUUUGCGUCCCAGGAAUGCCGGUCGGGGAUUCACAAACUCGCCUUGUGGAUAAUCUUGGUUUAGACUUAAAUCCAUAUAAUAUUGUCCAAGGCAAAUCAUUCACCCGGUCUGUAUCAAUUAGUGAACCGACUUCAACUCCACCAGAGUGUUGUAUUACAUCACAUAUUAAUAGUGCUAUUAUCGGCGAUUGUCUACCGUCUAUACGAUCAGCCAGUGGGGAAGGUGGCAGUACAACAUCAGAUAUUUCCUUCUCCCCGUUCUCUUCUGCGGCUACAGCUAUUACGCCUGAAAGUCCUCUACCACCGGAUUCAAAUUGUUUCCAGUCAAAUCCAUUAGCGUCAAUCAUUGGCUAUUCUGACGUUGGUGGUGUUGAUUUUCCUGUUCAACAUUCGACCACUACUACUAGUACUCCUGCAACUAUGAAUAUGUCCACUGAUAAUACUAAUAAUGAUGAUGUCGAUGUUCCAAUAAGCCAGCCUACUGAAAAUUCACCUAAGCCAAAUCAUUCAAAUAUUUUCAAUCAAUCAACUGAUCAUAAUCAACAAAAUACCUCCUCUUCAACCUCUUCUCCUUCUCUCUCUUCCUCUUUACGACAAUUUAAUGAUGAUAAUAAUAAUCAUCAUGAUAGUAUCUACAAUUAUAAUGUAUUAUUUCAAAAUCCAGUUACUUUGAGAACAAUAAAUUUCCUUUCACAUUUACUUGAUUCACGUCUAUCCCCGGACUGGCGUACACUUUUAGAAUAUUGGCAAAAAAAUACUGCUAAGUUGGAUUUAUCUUCUGGUAUUUCCCAGUCAUAUUCUUCUACAACCCACAAUAUCCCUAAUACUGCUACUACUACUCUUACACCAACAAUUAGUCGUACAGAUAAUACAGAUUUUACUCGGUCAUCAUCAUCUGAUCAGGAAGUAUGCGCAGUGAAACGUUUCAAACCGAAUAGUUCAUCUCAGCCUCAAAAUGAAAUUCAGCCUACAAGUAAUGAACCAUCUGCUACUACCAAUACCACCAUACUACCGUCCACUUCUCUUGUAUACCAUCAUCAAUCUCAUCAGUCAAUUCCGUCAACAUUUAUAUCUGCACGAUUAAUUCUAUGCGCCAGAAAUCUCGCUGAUCAUUUUGAGUCUAGAUAUCGUGAUAAAUUGGGCAGUUUAUUAGAAGAUGUAGCGCGUUUAAAUAGUAAUUCCAAUAGUGAUAAUAUUAAUUAUAACAUAGAUGAUCAAAGUUGUACAGAAGAGACAAACAAAACAACAAUGAUUAGUGUUGAUGAUAAUGUCACUAAUGUGCAUGAUACUAACAUAAGUGUGAAGAGUGAUAGUAGGAUUGGUGAUGGUGACGCCAGUGGUGCUUCUAGUCAUGUGAGCGAUGAUUCACUUCAAACUCGAUUAGAAAUGGCACGAUGUCAAUUUCAUAGUGUUCUAGAAGAAUUAUUUCUUGAACGUAUCAACUGGGGUCGUAUAAUUGCAAUGUUGGCAUUUUUGCGAACAUUAUGUGAAGUUAUUGAAGAUAACAAUAAACGUAUGAAUUAUUCAGUUUCACAUCAGUCAGUGCAACAGUAUCAUGAUGUUUCUAAGUCAACUGAUUUGCCCAUUAUUUCUUGUGAACAAGUUGAGCAUAAUGAUGCUGUUACAUCUGAUUGUAAUAAGCAAUUAUCUUCUACUGAUCCAUCUUCUUCAUGCAGUGAUAAAACUACCGAUAGAAAAUUGAAAGAUAAAAAUUCAGAAACUACAGUAGAUCCUCAUCAGUCAAAUGCUAGUGACUUACGUUUGGUGUCAUUCACAAGACCUUGCGCAGCUGAUUAUACUUUGUGGACAACUGAGUUCAUACAUGGUCCCCGAGGACUUUGGAGUUGGAUAUCAUCUCAUGGAAAUUGGGAGGGACUUAUAAAUUUUGAAUCACAACGCGAUGAAACUGACCAAUCAACAAUAACCUCGACAACAAUGGGAAAUAAUAGUUUGAUUAGUUUAGUCACUGGUAAUUUCACAGAUGAUGAUACGUUACGUUCACUUCGAAAUGCUUUGACUAGUGUAGCAACAAUAGCUGUUGGAGCUGUCGGCCUAGUUGCUGCUUAUCGUUUUUUCAGUAGACGUUUAUAAGUGAUAUGAAGAAGAAAAAGAUAAUUAUGAUGAUGAUGAUGACGUCAGCAACAGCAUUAAUCAUGGGUUAAUAAUUAUCAACAGUUAUUCAUCAUUGUUUAAUUCUCCAUGUUUGCAUUCAUUACCUACCUAUUACACUUCAGAAUUACAUAUGAACAUAGUGUACACUAAUUAUAUCUGCUUACAUCUUCAUUCCGGUGACAUUUUUAUGUAUUCAUACUUGCAUAUUUUCUCUUAUACAUACAAAAAGAAACUAUUCAGUUGAAUUUUUCUUUCCAUAUAAAGAAAAGAAUCUUCAGUUUGUUCUUCUCGCACCUUCAAUACAUCUUUCAUGUAUUCAACUAUCGUCAAUAUAAAAUUGUCGGUGACGUUCAACAAUGACAAUUACAUCCGUUGUUUUAAUGAUCUAUAAACUAUUCAACACAGUAACGGUACCAUUGAUGUUCUUGUCUGUGUGUGUAUUUUCUUCGCAUACUCUUCUAUAUAAUUAUAAGUGGAUUCACACAUAUACACAUGCAUCCACUUUCUUCACCUCGUGUUGUUCCUCUUUCUCGAUUAACGUUUUUAUAUAUUUUCCUAUUGAUAAUGCCAGUGCUGGUGUGUAGAUUUCGUUUCAUGUGAGUCUUAAAUUUUUUCCACGUUUCUGUUUGUUUUUUUUAUUCAGUGACGAUUCCCUGUUCAUAUUAUUAUUUUGAUUAGAUAAUAGGCUAUGAAAUCUCUUUAUUCAACCGAUUAGAAACAUGUGUACGCAGGAGCUCUCUCACCCUCACAAAAUUUAAACGAAAAGCUAUACAAUAAAACUGGUGAAGAAAUUAAUCAAUGAAACAGAACAUACAUAUGAAUUCAGAAACUCCUCUUGUAUCAUCUUCAUAUGGAAAAGUGUAUGAAUUAAUAGUGGUAAGCCAAUAUAGUCGUUAUUGUUGUCAUCAUCAUCAUCAUCAUAAAAUUUGGAGUAACAAUCAAAUCUGUGGUGUAAAGUGAACAAAAGUUUUAGUGUAUGGUUUACUAUAUAAAAUUAUUAUUAACUUUUCAACAAUUUCACUGUUACUCCAAAUUUCAUGAUGAUGAUGACAACAAUAACGACUAUAUUCGUUUACGACUAUUAAUUCAUACACUUUUCCAUAUGAAGAUGAUACAAGAGGAGUUUCUGAAUUCAUAUGUAUGUUCUAUUUCAUUGAUUAAUUUCUUCAUCAGUUUUAUUGUAUAGCUUUUUAUUUAGAUCUUGUGAGGGUGAGAGCUCCUGCGUACACAUGUUUCUAAUCGGUUGAAUAAAAAGAGAUUUCAUAGCCAAUCAUCUAGAAUUUACUACUACUACUAAUGAUAAACCCGUGUUGCUCUUGUUUAUAUCUGUUCUCUUUAUUUUUAACUGCUUUUUUCUUUUCAUCUCGACUGACUGGUUUUGUCCUAUGUGUUUAUAGAUGUUUUUUUUAAAAAUUUGUGCAUAUUACAGGAUAAAUUGUUGAAUUAAAACGUUUCUAUGUGCACUAACCAGUCAAACUUGUAUGUUGAUGAUCGAGCUUAUCAGUGGUGUCUGCUUUUUUUCUUCUUUAAAAGAAAAUGAUGUCAAACGUAGCACAAACGAUCCAACUCAUCUUUUCUACGUAUCUACCUCUGUCAGCAUUAUUAUUAUUAUUGUUACCAUCGUGCUGGUUGUCAUCAACACAAACAUCUUUUCUUGGUGUCAUUUUUCCUGCUCUCUCCUCCUCUGUAAAUCAACUUAAGUUUUAUUAAAAAAAUUCUUUGGUUAUUUCAACUACAUAUGUAUGUGUGCAUAAUUGUCUGUUCAUUUGUAAUAUGUUCAUACCAUUGUAGCUAGUGGUAACUGUUACAUUCAUAAUUGACUAAACCUAUAAUCAAUCAUUGACGCUAUUUCGUUUUCCGACUCAUUAUUCAAAUAAUUUAACUUUUAAUCGUUUUACGCUUAUACGUUCACUUACAUUUAUCUAAUUAUCGGAUCAUGGAAACAGUAUGUUUGUCACACACACACACACAUACAAUUGUUUAUUUUAUAGCUUUAUCAUUAUUAUUAUGCUUUUAUGGCAGAUAAAAUUUAACCAUACUGUUUUAUUGUAGAGAAAAUAUCAUUUCACUUGAAUAGUGUGUUGUAUUCAUUUUUUUUCGUUUAUUAUUGUAUCUUCCAAAUAAUAAAAUACCUCUUCACAACUGAA